CCAUUUCCUACAACAUUCAAGUCGCCAUUGUUUUUUUCAAGCAAUUCAAACGUCAUUAAUCCCAUCUGUCAUAAAUUUUAUACUUAAUUCAAGCAGUUCCAUCCAAAGUACCUUUUUCAUCGCUCGUUUUCGUUUCACAGCUGCAAAAGCGACGAAGCUUCUAACCAAAUUCCUUUUGUAACCAAAUACACAUAAAAGAAGAAAGACAUGUCACUCCGAUUGAUUGCUCUCGCUUCAAUGCGACAGGCAGCUGCCGCCGCCCCAAAGAACGCCCAAAUCGGAAGCGUCGCAUCCAUUCACACCUUGGACAAAAUCGGCAAACGUGAGAUUGUCGGCUACGGCUGGAACGGUUCAGCUAACUACCGUGACCGUGUCGACUACCCAAUGCCCGCCAUCCGUUUCAGGGAACCAACCAAUGAGAUUUUGUGUCUGCGUGCCAAGGAACAGCAAGAUUGGAAGAAACUGUCCAUUGAAGAGAAGCGUGCCCUCUACCGUGCUUCUUUCUGCCAGACUUUCGCUGAAUUGAAAGCCGGUACUGGUGAGUGGAAGAUGCACCUUGGUUUCGGUCUUAUGGCUGCUUCCAUCGGUAUCUGGGUGUGCAUCAUGAUGAACUUGUUUGUCUACGAUGAACUACCAAUUACAUUCGAUGAGGAACACCAAAAGGCCCAAUUGAAGCGUAUGCUCGAUUUGGAAAUGAACCCUGUCACUGGUCUCGCCUCCAAAUGGGAUUACGAGAAGAAGCAAUGGAAGUAAAUCAAUAAACGAUUGUGUAUUUAUGUAAUCUUAAAUGAAGUUUAGGAAUAAAUAGAAAUUAAACCUAA